AUGAAUCUUGUUUCUGCAGAGUUUGAUGACCCUUCUGCUAUGGUGGUACUGGCAGAAGAAGAGCUGGUAGUUAUAGACUUGAAAACUGCAGGCUGGCCAGCAGUCCAUCCUCCAUACCUGGCUUCUCUUCACUGCUCAGCAAUCACCUGUUCACACCAUGUCUCCAACAUCCCGCUGAAACUGUGGGAGAGGAUUAUCAGUGCUGGGAGCAAGCAGAACAUUCACUACUCAAAUAUGCCGUGGCCGAUUGAUGGUGGCACCAACAUAGCUCCAGAUCCUCCACAGAGGGACUUGCUUCUAACAGGGCAUGAAGAUGGCACUGUGCGGUUCUGGGAUGCAUCUGGUGUCUGCUUGCAUCUCCUUUAUAAGCUAAGCACAGUGAGAGUAUUUCUCACAGAUGCUGAUCCCAAUGACAAUAUGAACACCCUGGGUGAGGACGAAUGGCCUCCACUUCGCAAGGUUGGUACCUUCGACCCUUAUAGUGAUGAUCCUAGACUUGGGAUCCAGAAGAUCUACCUGUGUAAAUACAGUGGAUACUUGGCUGUAGCUGGUACAGCAGGACAGGUGCUAGUGAUGGAAUUGAAUGAUGAAGAUGCAGAACAUGUUGUGGACCAUGCUGAAGCAGAUCUCCUGCAGGAUCAAGAGGGCUAUCGAUGGAAAGGUCAUGAAAAACUAAAGACUCGAGAUGGACCAGUUCGAUUUGAAGCUGGUUUUCAGCCAUUUGUCCUUGUCCAGUGUCAGCCACCAGCUGUAGUCACCUCAUUGGCCCUUCACUCUGAGUGGAAGCUUGUGGCCUUUGGUACCAGUCAUGGUUUUGGGCUUUUUGACCACCAGCAGAAACGACUGGUCUUUGUCAAAUGUACGCUGCAUCCCAGUGACCAAUUGGCUUUAGAAGGCCCACUGUCUCGAGUGAAAUCCUUGAAGAAGUCCCUCCGUCAAUCAUUCAGGCGGAUCAGAAGAAGCCGAGUGUCCAGUAGGAAGCGACGAGGUGGUAGUGGAAAUGCCUCAGAGGUGCAAGAAGCAAACGCCAAAUUUGACCAAGACACACUGCAGGAAAUGGAACUGGCUCCAGUCCAACGGAAGAUUGAAGCCCGAUCUGCAGAAGACUCUUUCACUGGCUUUGUGCGCACCUUAUAUUUUGCUGAUACCUUUUUGAGAGACAGCUCCCGCCACUGCCCAUCCUUGUGGGCAGGUACCAAUGGAGGUACAGUCUACGCCUUCUGUUUACGUGUUCCUCCAGCAGAGAGGAGGAUGGAUGAACCUGUCAGGGCAGAGCAGGCUAAAGAGAUUCAGCUGAUGCACAGGGCUCCUGUUGUGGGUAUACUUGUCUUGGACGGACGCAGCACUCCCCUCCCAGAACCUCUAGAAGUAGCACAUGACCUUUCUAAGAGUCCUGAUAUGCAAGGCAGCCAUCAACUGCUGGUGGUAUCUGAAGAGCAAUUAAAAGUAUUCACAUUACCCAAGGUUAGCUCCAAACUGAAGCUCAAGCUGACGGCACUGGAAGGCUGUAGGGUACGAAAGGUGACGGUUGCGAACUUUGGCAGCUGCAAGACUGAUGAAUAUAGUGAAAAUGACCUGGCUGUCCUGACUAACCUGGGAGACAUUCAGAUCAUCUCACUGCCCUUCCUCAAGUUACAGAUCCGCUACCCUUGCAUCCGCAAAGAGGAUGUGAGCGGCAUUGCAUCAUGUGUCUUCACCAAAUAUGGCCAAGGUUUCUAUCUGAUCUCACCAUCGGAGUUUGAGAGGUUUUCCCUUUCUACCAAAUGGUUAGUGGAGCCCCGGUGCAUUGUGGACAUGCCAGAAGUUACAAGCAACAAUCAUGUGCACAAGUCUGGCAUGGAAAAUGCAGCAAGAAAAUCCAGGGGAUCAGGAAGGUGUUCGGGUGACUAUGGAGAAGAUGAAAGGAAGUCUGGGAGGCUGAUGGAACAUGCCUUACUCAAUGAUGAAAAAGUCCUGAAGGAGAUCCAGAGUACUCUGGAGGGGGGCAGAGGGAGCUAUGUAGAAAGAAAUUUGGCAAGAAGUCCAUUAGGACAUGGACUAAGUAAUGGAGGAGCAGACUGACCAAAAUUCAUCAAGGACUUUCUGGCAUUGGUUUGAGUGCCAUAACACUACUGAUUGGGCAAACCGUCCCUGGGGAGAAGGCACCACUGCUCCUUACAUCGCAGGCUACUGAGCUGCAACUUGCAUGCAUAUGCAUGCCUGCCUCUGCCUCCCCUUUUAGUGCCUCAUUAGAGACAUCUCCUCUUGGAGCCCGCCUUGCAUUAGGACAGAAGAAGAUCACCAGGGCUGAUGCACCACAAGCCUCUGAGUACAUCUAACUUUUAAAUGUUUGCACAUUUCUCUUUUCUACUGGGCUGGGUUUUAAAUUAUAAAUGUUACUGCCUUGGUGCAGGAUUUUAAUAAACGCACACUGUUACCUCCAACUGGUUUAAAAUUAUUUUUUGUACAAUUUUUUAAAAUCGUAUGGGUAUUUCAGUUUUAACGGAAACAGUUUAGAAAUUUACUUUUUAAAAAAAACAUUAAAUAAUAUAUGCUAGAUUCAUGUGACUGCUGUAUAUGGUAUCUGAAUGAGUAAUUUUGGUUGUUUAUGGUACUGUUAACUGGCUUUAUGGAUUUGGGUAGAAUCUAUUUUUGUAGCCAUUCAAAUCAGAGGAAAACUAAUUGAACUUGAUUGUUGUUUCAACACUACAUUGCUCAUUUUUGGAAAUAAAACUCUGAAUUCC